CUAACAGGAGGUGUAUGGAUCGAGUGUACUGUAGCAUAUAUGAUGAGCAGACAUAUUCAUAUACAAACUGCGUGAUGCAGUCAUCCUGCGACAUAUAAUUUGCCGCCACAACAUAUACACGUGUGUUUUUCAUGCGACGUGACUUUUUUAUUCCGUAUUCAAUCCUUCACCCACUUUACAAACCUAUACUAAGCAUCAAGAGUGCAAGAAAACUUUUCGAAAAAGCAUCUGAUUGUUGUGAUGUGGCCUUGUUUUUGUUAAGGUGCUGAGGUUAUGAACAGUAUAAACAAACGUAAAUCUAUACAAAAUUUAUACAAACAAAAAUAAAAAUAUUAGCAUGCAUAUAUGUUGCGUAUAAAAUAAAUUUUUUAUUUUGUUUAAAUGAGUACAUCAGUGUAAAGUGUAAUAAGAAAAUAUUUUAAUUCCAUUUUUAAGAGUUGCUGCUAUUUUAACAAAAAAAAUAGUAUCAAAAUAUUCAGGAAAGUUAAAAUUUCUCAUUUAUCCUAUCUACAUGGCUAAUUACAAGAGUCAAUAUUGUGACUUGAAGCGCAAACUCAAAUUUCUGAUUUAUGAAAAUGAGUGUUUUCAAGAAGCUUUACGUUCUACACAGAGACAAUUAUUAAAAGCUAACAGAGAUAAGAGUUUUCUGUUAGAUAGAUUAUUGCCGUACGAAAGAGUUGAUGCGUCUUUGAGUGAUAGUGACGAACAAACAGAUUCUUCUGAAGAAGAAGACAUGAAAGUUGAGUUUUUUAAAAGAAGGAAAUCAGAUGUGGUGCUAACAGGUCAAUCAACAAAUUUUAUGUCAGUAGCAGUUAAAUCACAACAAUUGCACAAAAAGAAGAAACCUAUUGUGAAAUCCAUGAAGACAAGCGAUAUUGCAUCUAUGGAUACAGAUAAAAUUUUACCUUCCUUAAUUUCCGACGGACACAUGACACCAGAGGAAGUUGAACGACACCUUGAAUCUCGUCAAAAUUAUCUGGAAUUAGUACCUGAAAAGGCACCCCCGACUGUGCCGACUGAAAUGUUUAGCAAUGAUGUAUCACUAGAUAAAUUAGAAUAAUAAUUUUGUAAUACUGUGUAUUAAAAGGACUGUAUAAUGUAAAAACAUGGCAUUAAGCAAAAUUCUGUACAUUUUGUAUAUGACACUCAUCAAUUUUUUCAUUUCAUGAUAAUUAAAUAUAAAGUGAAGAAAAAAAUUAACUUAUUGAAUAAUUAA